CUCAAGUUGGCAGGUAUAGCAAUCUCUUGAGAGCUGAAACUCCUGUUGCUCUCCUCCUGCCUAGAAGUCUUUUCUAUUUAUUGUACGUCUAAUGACAUGGCCGGGCGAAUAUGAAAGGGAUUCUGACAUGGAUCAAGCGGUGGCCAUUUAGGAGCGCGUCGAGAACGCCAUAUGACCGGCCACCGACGGCGGCACACGGCCUCCGUGAUACCAAAAGUGUGAAUGAGAGUGAUACUGAUGGCCGGCUUUCGAAGUUCGUGGAGUCAGUGUCGAGUUUGAUUACCAUGAUAGCCUCCAAAUUCUUCUCGUCUGUAUGUCGCUCAAGGGAAAAAAAUUUUGUUAAGCUUGAUGCACCUACGGUAAAUUCAGUUGAACAAAGAUUGGUAGAGGCUAACAAUUUAAGUACAUCAAAAGAUAUUGGAAUAUCUGAUAUUGAAAAACAGAUUAUACAAAGAAGGAAUGAAAGGGCUAAGGUUAUUCAUCUGCUGAAGAUGAUCAAAUCACAAUCUUCAAAGAUACAUAAUUCUGGAGUGCCGAAGAAGGUCUUGAAACGGGAUCAUACUUUUCUAGAUGAUGAUGAAACUUUGUUAUGUCGUCCACAUAAAAUUCAUAAGAAAUUAGGUGAAAAGGAAAAACAAUUUGUUGACAACAUCCCAUUUACAACAAAUGAUAUGGAAGGUGCAAUUGCAACUAACGGCAGGAAUGAUGCUUGCACUUCUUGUAAAAGUAGUUCGCCCAUUAUAAAGUCCACAAAUACUACUACUUCAUGUCACGUCACACUUCCUUUACAAAGAAAUUCUGUUGUUGAGUUUAUUGAACAAGAUGAAGAAAUCGAUCAGGAUGAAAUGAUUGUGAAGAAUGUCCCAAUCACAACAACCAUAUCAGAAAAUGUAAUUACAACAAUUGACAUGAAUGAUGUCUCCUCUCUAUCAUCUACAAAUACUUCAAUUUCAAGUCAUGUUGCACUCCCUUCACAAAGAAAAUCAAGUUUUCUUAUGUCAGCCCCUGAGUUUCUUGAUCUUGAUGAGGAGAAUGAUGAAACAAAUAUUUAUGCUCAGUUGUUCUUCGAUUUGGAUCAGCCUAAAUUGAACUUACUAGAGCAAAAAUCUUCAAAUAUACAUAAAUAUGAAGUAGAAAAUAAACCGAAUAAGUUUAUUGACCAAGACGAAGAAAUCGACCAAGACGAAAUGGUUGUGGAGAAUGCCCCAUUCACAACAACUAUAUCAGAAAAUGUAAUUGCAACAAAUGACAUGAAUGAUGCUUCCUCUCUGAGUAUAAGUAGAAGAUCUUUUAUAUCAUCUACAAAUGCUACUAUUUCAAGUUUUGUUACACUUCCUUCAACCCCUGAGUUUCAUGAUCUUGAUGAGGAGAAUGAUGAAACCAAUACUAAUGCUCAGUCGUUCAUGGACUUGGAUCAACCUAAAACAAACUUACUAGAGCAACAAUCUUCUGAAGUAGAAAAUAAACAAAAGAAGGCCUUGAAGCGAGAUAGUUCUUUUCUAGAUGAUGAAGAAUCAUUGUUAUGUCCUCCACUUAAAAUUCAUAAGAAAUUAGGUGAAAAGAAAAAACAAGUUGUUGAUAAUAUCUCAUUUACAACAGCUCCUAUGGAAGGUGCAAUUGCAACUAACGACAUUAAUGAUGCUUUCACUUCUAGUAGAAGUAGUUUGCCCAUUAUAGAGUCUACAAAUGCAUCUGCGUCAUGUCAUGCAACAGUCCCUUCACAAAGAAAACGAAGUUUUUAUAUGUCAACCCCAGAGUUUCUGGAUAUUGAUGAGGAGAAUGAUGAAACUAAUAUUUAUGUUCAGUCGUCCAUGGAUUUGGAUCAGCCUAAAUGAAACUCACCCGAACAAAAACUUCAUUAAAUGAUAGAUCAGCUUGUACUGACAGUUCUAAUAAGCAUGAAAGCUUCACAUUGUGUAUUUUUUAUGUAUUUACACACAUCUAACUCUACUAAAUUCCUACCUAUUAUAUAUUGUGACAAUGACAAAAUUCUUCAUAU